CCCCUUCCCAACCAACACCACCCGAGUCCGUCCUUCUCUCAACCAGCCGUCACCAUGCCUCCCAAGUUCGACCCCAACGAAGUCAAGAUCAUCCACCUCCGGGCGACCGGUGGUGAGGUCGGUGCCUCUUCGGCUCUUGCCCCCAAGAUCGGUCCUCUGGGUCUCUCGCCGAAGAAGGUCGGUGAAGAUAUCGCCAAGGCCACUGGUGACUGGAAGGGUCUCCGCGUGACGGUCAAGCUCACCAUCCAAAACCGUCAAGCCCAAGUCUCGGUCGUUCCCACAGCAUCCUCGCUCAUCAUCCGGGCGCUCAAGGAGCCCCCCCGCGACCGGAAGAAGGAGAAGAACAUCAAGCACAACAAGUCGGUUUCCCUGGAUGAGAUCAUUGAUAUUGCGAGGACGAUGAGGUUCAAGUCCUUCUCCAAGGAGCUGAAGGGCACAGUCAAGGAGAUUCUGGGCACUGCCUUCAGCAUCGGCUGCCAGGUGGACGGCAAGAGUCCCAAGGCUAUCAGCGAUGCGAUUGAGGCGGGCGAGAUCGACAUUCCUGAGGAAUAAACUCGUCAUCAAUGAAGGUCGGUUUGGGAAUUCUUGGCAUGUGAUUAGGAGUUCAGGGCUUGCUUUACACCAGGCUUGCCAAACAACGGCAAAUCAAAUCAAAAGAACGAUUUCAUGGCCGAGUGUGGGCGUCUUAGCCAGAGCUCGGCUCCUGCUGCGUGGACCGAGGGGAGGUUUUGCUGCAGGUUGUCCCUUUGGGUACGAAGUGUGACCCACCUAACCCUAUUUCUUCAGCUCUCUGGAUGAAGAAGAAAUUCCGACCCCGAAUUUUAAUCCCUGGCUGUUCACUCCGGACCGACCUGCUCUCCAUGGUCAAUUCGGCUCUUUGUGCUCAGGAAGAUUAAAUUAACGUGGCGUCCGAUUACUC